AAAUCCAGAAUAAAUCAAAGAAAAAUCACAUGACAAUUAAUAUACGUUAAACAUUUAGGAUGAGUGGAAAAUUGAGAAAAUGUAAAUCGUGUGAAAACAAAAUCCAGUGUAUAUCGAUUCAAUAAAGCCGAUCGCGCGAGAAGGGGCGACUUUCAGUGAGGUGAAUGCAUUCGACUCGAUCGUUUCGUGCUUCCGUGGUUCCGCGGCUCAGUCUGGUGUUGUGCGGGUUGCUAAGCUCAUUACACAGUUUUGGUGCUGGAGGUGAAGAAUAACCACUGCCAUCCGCGAAUGUCUCAGCCGAGCAAUGUCUGGUGGGUCUGUUGCACAGCAUCGGAGUAGUUUAAUGUGAGCAAAAAAAAAUACUAAUUCAAAGGCCAUCCGUGCUGCCGUGAAGUUUACUGAAUGAAAGUGCAAACGAAAGGAAAAGUUGUUCAGUGCUUGUUUUGAUUGUUUUAUAAACAAAUUGCGUGCAUGUACACUCUACAUAUUGCAUGCCCUACGCCUAGUGAGAAUAUUGGAAAAUUAUAAACACAAAAUCAUUUGAAAAGUUAGCAGAAUUUUGCGAAUCAAAACAUAUAUUUUGUGAAUAUAGUCAAUCAAUCAAUCAAAACGUGUUUCAGAAUGUGUAAUGAGAGAAAAUAUAGGCCAAUAAUAUUCAUGGCUAUUUGGUUCGCCACAUUACAUAUGUUGAAUGGGGAAUAUGCAGAAAACAAUGGUAUCCAUAACCAUGGCCACAAGCACUGCAAGCAUCAACAUCCUAAGGCACACGAGGUGAUACAUGGCGUAAGACUGGAACCACUGCAUGUAAUACGGAAACGUAGCCUUGAUCAGCCGCUUCGAAUUCUACUAGUGUACGAUGAAUCAGUUUACCGAUUGGAUUCUGAUAAAUUUGCUCUAAUAAAUGACACAAUUCUGCCAGAGGCGGUACGCUUCUGGGAACAAGCGCUGAUGGUGCGCCAAACAAAAGAGAUUAUAAGACUGAAUCGAAAGUGCGAAAGCAGUCAGGUUUUCGUUAAGAAUUCACUGACCUACUGCAUCGAUUCCUGUAAAUCAGUGACACUAUGCGGCGAAGUUCAAGUGCCCGAGGAUCAUCUGGAUGUUUGCCGAGUGUGCAAUUCAACCGGUCAGGAUUGCCGAGAGGACAGUACCACUACUGCAGGAGCCGGUAUUUCGAACGCAGAUUUCGUAUUUUAUGUUUCCGCACGACAGUCGGAAAGAUGCCAUAAGGGUUUAACGGUGGCAUACGCUGCUCAUUGUCAACAGGAAGCGGCGCUUGAUCGACCCAUAGCAGGGCAUGCAAAUCUUUGCCCAGAAAGCAUUAGCACUAAACCUCAGGAGUUACAAACGCUUCUAUCUACCGUGAAGCAUGAAAUUCUGCACGCUCUGGGGUUUUCCGUAAGCUUAUACGCAUUUUUCAGAGAUAACGAGGGAAACCCACGAACACCACGUAAGCCAGAUACCGGAAAACCUUAUUUAAAUGAAAAAUUGCAAAUCCACCAGUGGAGUGAGCAAACAAUCAGAAAGGUUGUACGUGAACAAUGGGCGGUACGAGGGGGCUAUAUCAGCAGAACGAUAGACAUGAUGGUAACUCCUCGAGUAUCCAAAGAGGUACGAGACCAUUUCAGCUGUCAGAAACUAGAAGGAGCCGAGCUCGAAGAUCAAGGCGGAGAAGGUACAGCCUUGACCCAUUGGGAAAAGCGAGUGCUAGAGAAUGAAGCCAUGACUGGAACCCAUACACAGAGUUCUGCUUUUUCACGAAUUACGCUGGCAUUGAUGGAAGACUCGGGAUGGUACAAAGCAAAUUACAGUAUGGCCUCACCUCUCACCUGGGGUCGUGGGCUAGGGUGUAAUUUUGCGAUGAAGAGCUGCAAAGAUUGGAUAACUGCAAACAAUGCAAGCUCUAUAACAGGAUUCUCCGAAAUUGCUAAAGGGCGCUCUAUUCAUCCAUUCUGCGCAAAGGUAAAACGCGAUCCACUUCAGACUGAAUGUACCGAUGACCGUAGUUCUGUGGCACUGUGCAAUUUGAUACGACAUGAAAAUCCUCUACCUAAACAGUAUCAGAAUUUUGAUUCGUUGGCACAUGUUCCAACUGGACAGGAGGCCUAUUACGGAGGUUCAGUAUCACUAGCGGAUCACUGUCCAUACAUUCAGGAGUUUACGUGGCGCAGUAGAAACGUUGUCGUGCGUGGAUCGCAGUGUCAGUUUACAGAUAACAACCCAAAAGCAGAGAAAAAUUUCGCGUUGGAAUCAUACGGACCUGAAUCGAAAUGCUUCGAUCAUAGCGAGCAUAUGUGGGAGGAGCGAUCCUGUGGACAGACGCGCGAAUGGCAGCACUGGGGAUCUGGGUGCUACCAAUACAAGUGUGACAGAGGUCGAUUGCAUAUCAUAAUUGCAAACCAUUCCUACGAGUGUUUCUACGCGGGGCAAGAAUUGAGCAUUCAACUGAUAGCAGGAGGUUGGCUGCACAAGGGAGUAGUGGUAUGCCCUCCCUGUAAAGAAAUGUGCAAUACCGAAUUCGAACUAAAAGGUGAUCGAUGUAAACCGAGCGAAGAAGCGCCUUCCAUCACUUUUUAUCCGAAACAUGAGCUAAAGUGCAGCGCUGCAAGCACUGUGCGGUCAAUAGCAAACUUCGAUGUUUUCUUUUCUUUGCUAGUCAUAGGGGUUUCACUUUUAUUGCGAUUAGAAAGCUAACUCAUCAUUCCGUACUAGAAAGUCUAUGAACCGUACUCUUUCCAAUUGAUAAUCUUUGUGAUGUGAUAGUAUUCAUCUGUGUUUUUCUUUUCGUUUUAACGCACAACAGAAGCUUUUAUAUAGUUGUUAACAUGUUGAGUAAAUGGAUGAACAUGGUUUGUAUGUGUGCGCGUGUGCGUGUACAUUUUAACCCCCUUACAUUUGUAUUAUAGUCUGAUUCAGUCCGGAAGGUACAACGUGCCAGCUCGAUUGUGGCUUCAAAUUACAUUUCAAACUGUCUGGUAUUUCAUGACCAGCCCGAAGUCGUUGACUUCCAAUAAGCACCACCUAUGUAUGUUGCCAUCAUUUUUAAUUAGGUUGCAAACAUAUUUCCAGAUCAAAAGCAAUUUUCUAUAAUCCAGCGCGUAUAAAGUUUCAAGUAAAACAUAAUCUUUUCCGAUUGUAGAAAAUAUGUACAUCUACAUCCUUUUCCAUCUAAACGCAAAUAGGAAAGGAGAACAAUUGUGCAAACUCGUCACUUUAAUUUAAUCAGUCGGUUAUGCGUGGCCCAAUAAUGUUCUUGAAAAGUGAAAAGAAUAAAAUUUAACAUGGAACCAAAUAUACUCUAUUACCAAUAUAGUCCACUUCUUGAAUCCCCAUAUAUUAGGCAGCACAUUCACACCAUCCUGCGUCACAAAACGUCAUUUCAUUUAUUUAUAGUUUCUAAAUAGAUAACACUGAAUCAACAAUUGACCGUAAUAAUACAAGGUUCGAGGCUGCAUCUCUCCAUCCACGAAUGCGCCCCACGCUCGCCAAUCGUUUUGUACCUGGUCAACCCACCUUGCUCGCUGCGCUCCACGCCGUCUUGUACCUGCCGGAUCGGAAGCGAACGCCAUUUUUGCAGGGUUGCUAUCCGGCAUACUUGCAACAUGCCCUGUCCAUCGUACUCUUCCGGCUUUAGCUAUCUUCUGGAUACUUCGCUGUAGAGCUGGGCCGUUUUCUUGCAUACCGCCAAAGGUCCUAAGCACCCGUCUCUCGAAUACUCCGAGUGCUUGCAAGUCCUCCUCGAGUAUUGUACAUGUUUCAUGUCCGUAGAGCACUACCGGUCUUAUCAGCGUCUUGUACAUAACACAUUUGGUGCGGUGGUGAAUCUUUUUUAACCGGAGUUUCUUCUGGAGCCCGUAGUAGGCCCGAAUUCCACAGAUGAUGCGCCUUCGUAAUUCACGACUAACAUUGUUAUCAGUCGUUAGCAAGAAUCCAAGGUAGACGAAUUCCUCGACCACCUCGGUCUAGUGUAACACUGCUUCCCAGGCGGGCCCUGCUGUGUUUGGCCGACAUUGUCCAUGUCAUCCGCAAAACAAAUAAAUUGACUGGAACUGUUGAAAAUUGCACCCCGUAUGUUACACCCGGCUAGUAUUCCGCCUUGAAAUAAAUGAACAUAGAGUGCGUUGGGACCUGGUAUUCACGGCAUUUUUGGUAGGACUUGACGUACAGUAAAGAUUUGUUCCGUUGUGGAGCGGCCGUCAACGAAGCCGGCUUGAUAACUUCCCACGAACUCAUUCACUUAUAAUAACAGACGACGGAAGAUGAUCUGGGACAGUGGCGUAGCUACGGGGAUGGUUUUGGACAUAACCCCCCCCCAGAGAAAAAAAUUUUAGAAGAAAUUUUUUUUCGAACAUUCUCGAAUUAAAACAAUGUUCGGAACAGGGUAGAAAUAUUUCACAGUCAAUGCAGUGAAAAACGUGGAUCUCAGUAUAAUCUGCAGUCGCCUUCUUCGCCGCCGUGGUGAGUGCGACUGGGUGCAGCCGAAAAAUCAUUUCCAACACCGACCUUUCAAUUUCGCAUUCAGCCACUCACAAGUCACUCUGACAUGCUGCUCAGUUCGCUCCUUACCAUAUGACUGUGAGUGGCCCAUUUAAACGCGUGGUGAAUUUUUUCAAUUUGCUGGGUGAAUGUGUACAUUUUGCUGUGGUAGAUUUCAUCUUCACGGUGAAGUGGGUGAUGUGAGUUCUGUUGUUUACUUUUCUGCCUCUCCGGGAAUGUGAUGUUGAUUUCAAAGCAGGAAGAAAAUAAAAACAUGAUAUAAAAAAACAUCACCUUCAUCCAGUGCUGCCGAAAAUAUACAACCCUGGUUCGGAAACCCCCCCCCCCUCCCAGACCUAUUUUCUGGCUACGCCACUGAUCUGGGAUUAAUUGUAGGCGGCAUUAAGGAUGGUGAUCGUUCGAAAGUUUUCAGCUGCUUUAUUGGUCUUUAACUGUUGGAUGGCAUCCUUAACUUCCCUCAAUGUUGGGCUGGGGCCGCUUCCUUGACUUUCACUGCCUGUACUCUGCUACUCCCAACUUUCGAUCACCACACGUUCGUCCGUCAUCCCUGCACAUUUCGGCUCGCGGCACGAAGCCUUCGCGGGAUGCGUUGAACUUCUGAUAGAACUUGCGUGUUUCUUCCACGCGGCGUUUCAUCUCCUGGAAAAGGGGGUCUGCUAUCUCCGCUUUUGUCUAUAUCUCAAAAGGCGACUAACGCCUGAAAACAAAAAUCAAAGGGUUGCGAAAACAAAUCUGACAAUUAUUGUAAAAAAUCAUGGCAUAUACAAUUCUGUAUACUUUUUAUACCGAUAUUGUAUUAAAAUAAUACAAAUUUGUAUUAUUUUAAUACAACAAUUGUAUUAAAAUCUUCCGAAAUUGUAUAUGCCAAAUUAUUAUACAAUUUCUGUAAGGUUCUUAUGCAGAACUGUAAUAAAAUCUGCUAUCCGCUGGUUGGGUGUAUUAAUUUUCUUCUAUAGUUAUAUUUGUUAUGUAUGUAUGGGGUCCACGAAACCAAUCACAGCCUUUUUUCAGAAAUACAAAUCUACGCUUCACUGUCGACUGAUACUGAUAUAUAUUUUCUCUGCAUUAAAUUGAUUAAAACAGAACCAACGAAAAAAAUAACUGAGAAUGCUGCGAGUAUUUACGAAAUCUCGUUAAAAUCGCUUGAAGAAAUUCGGCUUAAGCUAACCGAACGUAAACACAUGUGAAAUAAUUGACCUACAGAAAUUUGCGACCGAUCGCGAGCAUGUCCAGGCAGAUUGAGUCAAUGAAUGUAAAUGUAUUCUGUAAAUAGUAUGAUUUAUUACGAAUUUAACAUUUAAAUAGAUAAGAAUAUUGUACAUAGUUAGGUACUAAGGAGACAUACUAGUAAAAGACAGAUGGAUCUCAAUCUGUAUAAAAUUGACAUCAGAAUACAAAGCAGGAUUUAGUAUUGUUUUGCCAGAACAAAAUAUCUAGACUAUAAGUAGAAAAUUUUUCAAUUAACGCUGGGGUGAUGACUUGAGAUAUGAGUCUAAUAAUUUUAAACGAUAAGUCAGUGGUAUAUUCUGUGAAGUCUUCCCUGAUUCGGUGCCGUUAUAGCUUGAAAUUGAGAUGAGAGUGAUAAAAAAUUGGAUGUUGAACUGCCAAAGUUUUGUUGAUCGAACAAUGUAAAUAAAGAAUGUGAAGCAAUAUAAAGAUUUCCAUUA